CAACAUCAAAACAUAAAAUAUCCAACAUCCAAAUGUACCUUAACAAAUAUCCAACAUCAACCUUAAGAAAUAUCCAACAUCAAAACAUAAAAUAUCCACCAUCCAAAACACAAACAAACCAGAACUCAACAUCUAAACAACAAUGUUCAACAUUGAACAACUACUAGGCGAAUGGGCGAUACGGUCUCUGUUGCCUAAAGUCAACGUACUGUAACGUUGCGUCCGAGAACCCUCGACUUUUCCUUGCCCCUUCUUUCGCUCAUUGUUGCCUGCUAUCAAGAAAAUAAAAUUAUUUCUUUUCAGAAUUGUAAUUGACAAACAUACAUUUUUUAACUAUACAUAAUAAUUAUUAACAACCAUAAAAUUUAUGAAUUCCAAUAUUAAUUAUAUUUUCAAAUACUAAUUAUAUUAAUCAUCACAAUUCAUAUACUAAUUCUUACCCUUUCUUUCGCUUAUUUUUACCAACUAUCAAGAAAAUAAAAUUAAUUCUUCUUAGUAUUGCAAUUAACAAUCCUAUAUUCAUUAACUAUUUAUAAUCAUUAUUAACAAUCCACAACUUUGUCAAUUCAAACACUACUUAUAUUGUCAAAUGCUAAUUAACAUCCUCUCAUCACACACCAACCGCAACAAAAUCCCAGAUUCUUUUCUUCCUUCCCAUUAUAAAAGCUCAUAUAUGGAUUAUAAUUAACCAUUCAAAUUUAUAUAUUAUUAAUUAAAAUGAACAUUCUAAUCAUUAACAUUUGCAUUUUAAUUGGAAAAAAAAUCAAAACGGGUCGGACGGGUUGGAAAACGGGUCGGAUCAGUGUCAAGGCGGGUCAGAGACCGGGUUAGAGACCGCAUCGGACCAGGGUCGGGGCAGGUGGGCUACCUGGCUCCGUCGGAUCCGCGCGGGUGCCCUGCCUGCGUCUACCCCGGCUCAAAUCAAACGCCCUACCUGCCUCUAGCCACUGGCGACGGGUUUUCAACCCGCGACGUCGCCGCAACUCAACCAAACGGGAAGAGAGGGAGAGAGAGAUUUACCUUUGGCAGGUCUGAGUAGAAGCAGAGGGCUAGAGGCGGACGAUGAUUUGGAGGCUUCUCCUUCCUCCUCGGCGACAGUGCGGCGGAUCUGGGCUUGGGCGAAGAUGCUGGCGGCGACGGGUCUGGGUGGCGGUGACGGGUCUUGGUGGUGGAGGCGAGUCUGGGCGAGGGUCUGGUUGACGGCGGCAGAUUAGUGUGGCGCCGGGUCUGGCGGCGACUUCCUCUCCUUCUGGAUGGCGGCGGGUCUGGAUGGCGGCAGAUUAGGUUGGCGGCGGAUCUGGGUGAGGGGUUGAGAGUUUUGUUUUUGAGUAUUUGGGGAGAAUAGGGUAAGGGACGGCAGGGUGGGUCAAUUUAGGGUUUAGGUUAAAUGAGGGGUAAACUCGUCCAUGUAUGUAAGUUUAGGGCGAUAAAUUCAAAAACUUAGGGCGACGAAUAGGAAUUCAGAAUCGCAAAGUUCCUGACCCCCCGAGUACCAUCACUGAAUUUUCCUCCCUCCUAAAAUCUCGACUAUUUCGUCCCCUAAGAAAAUCCCUCAUCUCCAUUGCCAAAACCUUCAUCUCAAAACCUCCCUAAAACUAAAUCAAACCUCUCUAAUCCUUCAGUUCAUCACCACUACCCAUCAUCUCUUCCACCACCUCCAAGCUUCAUUCUUCAAGAAAUCCCCUAAUUGAAGAUUGGAGAGCCCUUCUCCCUCACCAAGGCCGCAACACCAAAGCUCCUCUCUCCUCAAUUUUUUCGAUUCAUGCACUCCAAUGGCUGAAAGGUAUGUGCUCCAUUUCUGUUAGACAUGAUUAGGUGUUUGAAUGGUUCAAUUUGACAAGGGAUUGAAUGGUUGAAUGAUGGAGGGGUUCCAAACAUGUAUUCCUUAACCCUAGAAUCUUGAUUUUUGAUUUAGACCUCUUUUAGUAAAAUUGAUGAUGAUUGUACGGUUGGUGGGCAUGUAUGAGUUAUGGGCUUAUGCAAUUAUAUGAUGAUUAUUGAUGUGAAAUUUUCUUGAUCAUUAUGAUUAUCGAUUAAGACGAUUUUCUUUAGUCGAUCCACGAAUUAGAUGACUAAAGUUUGUCUAUGUUUAUGUAAAUAAAUUAUAAUUUGCGUCCCUCCUUAAUUUCUAUUCAAAUCGUCAACCUUGACUUGGUAUUUGACAUACAUCAUCCAAUUUGACUAUUACUCCAUAGUACUUCAAAAACUUGAAUCAGUCUUUUUCAAGGUUGUCAACCCGCAGGUUGACCCGGACGAGCUAGUGGGUCAAAGGUUAAUGGGUCACCCGCUAUAGCCCGGAAAUAUUGAAAGAGCUAUUAUAUUGAACUUAUCACGAAUUCAACAUAAAAAAAUACAACACUACCUAAACUCCAACACACUUAAAUUACAUCAACCUAAAACAUAACCAAUUUGAAAUUCCUCUUCCACAUAAACAAUCAAAAAUUCCAAAUGAUUAUUAACAAUUCAACUUCUAACUAACAUCUAAAACAUCAAACAUGUAACAAAAAACAAGUAACAAUUCAACUUCUUCCACAACCAAAACCACCUGCCAAAUAACAAUCAAUGUCAUGUUUCCAUUAAUAGGAACCCAAACCACAUGCCAAAAGCAUAUGGGUUCGAAGGCUGUUUCUAUUCCAUAUCUUAACCUCCAAAUAAAAAAUAAAAAAACCAAAAGGAAGGGUAAAGUGAACAGAGAGCCAUAGACAUGCAGCAGCUAAACCUCCUAUAGCUAUAUUCUGCAUUAGUACUAGGCAGCUGGUGAUGGACUUAGACAGAGACUAAUCAUAUGAACCCAAAGGAAAGGAAAAAUAUAUAAAGAACGAAAGAAUGAAAGGAAGGAAGAGAAAAAAGAUGAGAUGAUUGAGAGAGUACCACUAGAACUGUGUUGGACGGCGCCACCGAUGAAGGGAAUCGAGCGGAGCGAUUGCGAGACUACGAGAGAGAAUGAAGGUCGACUGGUCCAGGCUCCCUUAGGUUUUCUGAUGCUCUACUUCUCCUUCUCGCCUUCUCCCCGAGAACGACGCCGCACAAGGGAAAAAUGGGGCACAAAGACGCAACCCGCUGACCCAGUCUGACGGGCUAACCGCCCAGGUUUCAGCGGGUUUGACCACUUCUGGGAUGCUGUUGAAAAGGGUUGCUAUAGCCUGUAUUUAAGGGCGGAUCCGGGCCAACCCGGGUCGACUCGUGGGUUGACAACCUUGGUCUUUUCAUGAUUGCUAAGUUCGUAGGACCUCUUUUCCCAUGCACUACUUCUCUUUGGAUUAUCUUAAACACUUCGUACCAAAAUAUGCCGAGUUGUGCAAUUUCAGGCUGCCACUGCAAAACGGUGCUUUGGUCUCCAUUGUAGGUUCUGGGUUUCCAUCUUUGCAUCCGUGCUUUGAGAUGGCAUAUUUGGUGCACAAGGGAUCUUUCGCAAGAUCAAGUUGUAUCUAUGUUGUUUAAUUUGCAUAUAUUGUAUGUUGGAUUGAGUGCAGGGUGAGGAAGAUCUUCCGAGAGCUUUAAGGAGGUAGGAAAUUCUCCUCAUGUUCCUCUUCAAGGAUAAUGGAUCGCCGUGAUGAUUCCAUAGAGGUGGAGUAUGAGGCUUCUCCUCCCGGAGUUGGACGUCACAACAUGGAAUUUAGAUAGAGCACGCGCCUACAACAAUACACUACUCCUCCAAUAGCCCAUGUGGCUUACGAGGACGAGGUAGUUCUCUUCUACAUUGAGAUAAAUGAUGAGCAUGUCAUUGAUUCCUAGGAGGAAGCUCCUCCAACACCUCAGACCAUGGUGUCGUUGCACUAUGCUUUCCACAAUGGAAUUGAAGUUGCACUUCACCAAUCCCGAGUAUUGGGUCAAGAUGGUCCGCUAUAAUGGCACCAUGGUGGAGCUAUAGGGUGAUAUCUACUACGAGGAAUUCUAGCGCUAUCAGGGCUGAGGUUCAAAUAUUUCCAUCCAACUCUAGGUUGCAGGUCUAGUUGAGUUGUUAGCCUCUUUCUAAGAAAACUAUGAUGUCUUAAUCGAGAAGUUAGGCAUCCCGAGCAUCUCUCCAUGCUUCGGAUGCCUGUCUAACAUCAUCCUAGGACGCCCUUAUAGGAGAAUUAAGAGAAAGCAUAAGGAUAAGACUCUCUGGGAGUCCUUGACCUCCCAUGAGCCUCCCUUCGCGGUCUGGGAGUCCUACUCUAACAGGCAGAUGGACCACUUCCUACGGGUUGUUCAACAUGUUGCGCGUGUCUCCUUGCACAGACGUUAGGAUGGAAAGGAUCAGAGGCUCUCCAUCCAGGACAUGCUGAUUUCCCACUCCAUCGUAGAUGGAUUCUAAAUGCACUCGUGGUGGCUCAUGGCUGAGAUGUUUGCCAAGAUAUGAGGUAAGGAGAAGGCGAAUCACCUUUCAAGUGGUGGGAUCAGUCUCGCCAUCGCAGAGCACAUCAACAGCCAUCACGAUAGCUGUGACCGCAAUUGAUGUACCCUCGAGGAGCUCAUUUUUUGCACUCGUUUGCGCACACCAAAGUUGGGGUGAGCUUCUUCACCAACUCCGGGGUUGAUGUCUUCAAUGUGACUACACCUUUUACCACUUAGACAAUGGAUCAUAAGCCACCCAUCGAGCUCUUUGUCCAAGCAGAUAAUGCGUUCAAAUAAAUAUAAACCACCAAGGGACCGAAUGGAUGAAAAGGAAGACGAGAAUACAAGCCCAUGGGCGCAAACAGAGAUGGAUUUGGACAUCAGAUGCUCACUUUAUGGCUAAAACAAGCAUAUGUGGUAGUGUAGCAAACCCAACAUUGACUGAGAUCCAACCUGAGUUCUAUAACUCAAAGCACACCCAAAUUUGGAGGAAAGGUUUCAUUUUGGCCAAGAAACCAAGCCCAAGUGG